AUGUUCCUACCAAGAACAUUCUACCUUUUCACGCACAAUUUGAUUGCAUUUUGUACUAAUGGAUUGUUCAACACUCUGGUAGCUAUGGUCAUUGAACGAUGUGUAGCUACAGCCCUUGUCGACAUUUACGAGAAACGAUUUCGAACACUCGGUAUCUUGCUCACAAUCACAGCGUUGAUUGUCUCGUUAUUAGAGACUGCUAACGGAUACAAAUACUUAGCUGGUGAUUACCUUAUGACAAACAGUCUCAUACACCCAGGCGCGAAGAGCAUAGUUGUUAGCAUUGGCUUUGCUGUACUGUGGCUAAUCAGCUGUAUACUACUACUGAUCACUAUCUCGUUGUACUGCUUCAACACACGUCGGAGGAAAAGGUUUAGUAUGCUCUCAUAUCUCAUUCAUCAAACAGUCCCUUUGUAAAG